AUGUUGGUGAAGGUGAUUCCGUUUGUCAUUUAUCUGGCAGUCGCCCUAGGACAGAACGAUCGUCCGAUCAUUACAACAUCGGGAGGACAAGUUCAAGGAACGACUGAAUCGUGUGGAUUAUUUUGCACAUACUAUUCGUUCAAAGGAAUUCCUUAUGCGGAGCCUCCCACAGGCGCGAGGCGCUUCACCAAUCCAGUUCCUCAUUCGGGUUGGUCAGGUGUUCGAGAUGGUAGUGCCCAUGGCAGCAGUUGUCCCACACCGGACAUGAAUCCGGCGGAGAAUGAGGAUUGUCUCUUUCUGAACGUCUACAGUCCUUCACUGAUCGGAACGCGACCCGUGAUGGUGUUCGUGCAUGGAGGGGCUUUUAGUGGUGGCUCAGGAAAUGUAGACCUUUAUAACAGCAGGUAUUUCAUGCCAGAAGAUGUGGUGAUCGUGACAGUGAACUAUCGCCUAGGAGUACUCGGGUUCUUCAGUACCGGUGAUAGUAGUGCGUCCGGAAACUGGGGAAUUAAGGAUUGCGUUGAGGCAUUGCGCUGGGUACAAAGGAAUAUCGUCGCGUUUGGAGGAGAUCCAAACAAUGUGACAAUCUUCGGUCAAUCUGCAGGAGGUGCAAUGGUACACUAUCUUACACUUUCACCUCUCACGACUGGACUUUUCCAUCGGGUGAUCGCACAAAGUGGAACUGCGCUAAAUUCGUGGGCUCUUCAACCGAAUCCUCGGCUGUACGCUAAUCGUCUGGCAACGGCCUUCGGAUUAUCAACGACGGAUACAGCGGCAUUGGUAGCUGGCUUGAAGCAAGUGCCAUAUCGUGAUCUGGUUGCACUCCAAGAAGACCUGAAUGCGCUAGAUGUUCCACUUCUUUUGCGACCGAUCGAUUUCUCCCCCGUUGUAGAGCCAGCAGACGCUCCAGAACCUAUCGCUUUGGGUCGAAGACCGAUCGAUAUUAUUGAGGACGGAUCAUACAACGCCAUUCCAAUGAUUGCAGGCUUUACAGAUAUGGAUUCCUUGUUGUUCACUGCUGUUGAGUAUGCGGUGAAUCCAACCAUGUUCAACACCUUCAACAAUAAUCCACACUUCUUGGUACCGUUUUUCUGGAACAUUGCGCAAGGAAGCCCAGAAUCCACUGCUGUCAGCCAGGCAUUCCAGCAAUACUACUGGCAAGGACAACAACUCAGUUCCGCACUUCUGACAGAAUUUUCGGUGUUUGUGACGGACCACCAGUUUGCAUAUGGAGUACUAGAGAUGGCAAGGCGGCAUGCUCUCCGAUCGUCAGUUUACGUAUAUCAGUUCAGCUACGAUGGUGACCUCAACCUAGUAAAACAAUCCUUUGGUAUUCCCUAUCCGGGAGCGUUACAUGCAGACGAAUUGUGUUACUUAUUUCAUCCGGAAGACUUAACGGUAGGAGAAGUGCCACAAACCAGUCACGCCAUCACGGUGCGCAAUCGAAUGCUGCGUUUAUGGACGAACUUUGCCAAGUAUGGAAACCCAACCCCGACCGUUGAUCCGAUACUGCAAAAUAUGCUCUGGACUCCAAUAAGCGGAGGAACGAUCAACGCCGCUGUAAACAUCGGCCAAAAUCUUGUUCCGGGGGCGAACCCUAUCGCGGCACGUUAUAAUCAGUGGCAGGAACUGGAAGCGCGUUACGCCAACAAUGUUUUCAGGGUUUAA